GUAUCAUUUUCACAGAAGGAUUUAAAGUAGGCUAAUCUUCAAAGAUGAUUGGCUUCAAGAGGUGUUUUCUCACAGAGCCUGGUGGCUCUUUGUGCUGAAGUGACACCGAUGCUGAGAUGUGUCCUCUCGAAGACCAGGAUGAAGCUGGAGGUGAUGGUGUUAACGUCGAUGCUCCACAUUCUGGAAAAAAAAACUGAAGCUGACUGACUGUCCAAAGUGUGUCACUUUGAAAAUGCAGGCAAGGAUUUUGGGAACAAUUAAAAAAUAAUCCCAAAACCACGUUCCUGAGGCUUGAAAGAGGCUUGUUGGCAGUGGGAAGGAAGAGGGUGGUGCAAGAGAUCAUUUCAAUUAAAACAUUAGAUUCGUCAGGUAAUUGGAUUACAAAGAGAUUGGUUCAAAUUGGGACUUUGCCUUAGUUAUUUUGCAUUCCUGCCACCAGCAGCCCUUCGCAGCGGACGCAGACAAACCCUGAAGCAUGUCUGUGGAUCUCAACGGAUACUGGAAGAUGGUUUCCAAUGACAACUUUGAUGACUACAUGAAGGCUCUCGGUGUGAAUGCAGCCAUCAGGACUAUUGCCAGUUUACUAAAGACUGACAAGGACAUAGUUCAGGAUGGGGAUCACUUUCAAAUCAAGACCCUCAGCACCUUCAAAAACUACCACAUGGACUUCCACGUGGGACAAGAGUUUGAAGAGGAUCUCAGCGGCGUGGAUAACAGGAAGUGCAUGACCACCAUCAACUGGGAAGGAGACAAACUGGUUUGUGUUCAGAAGGGAGAGAUUGAAGGAAGAGGAUGGACCCACUGGGUGGUGGGAGAUGAGCUUCAUCUGGAGCUGAGAGCUGGAGGAGCUGUUUGCAAGCAGGUUUACAAGAAGACAACAUGACAUCGCUCUCUUGAGGGAAGAUUGUGCUUCUAGCAGAUACCGACUUCUUCGCUUUGCUCUCUAUUUAUUUGAGACUCAAGGGGAAGCCACACUUAAACAAAUGGGAAACAUUUGACGGGUUUUUUUUGUUUUGCAUGGAGGCAUUGAGCUGGAAAAGCAUGUUUCCUCCUAAUCUCAUCUGCUGGAUAUUAAGAUGGAAUAUUAAAGUGGAAAAUGUUCAUGUUUUUGAUUGUGAAUGAAUUAAAAAGAAAAGCAACUUAACAAAC